AAGUCACUGAAGACAACUCAUCUGAAUUGAAGUCUGGCAACGACCCUUGGGGUGCUGUAAAUAUCUAAAUCACUAAGCCCUGAUUUAUUUUCAAGGAUAUAUCCAGGACGAGAAUUGUUGCGCCCAAAGUUGCUUUUUAUGAUUAAAUGAUUCUAUUUGGAAAAGGAAUGCAAACUUGGCUUAUGUAUGGUCAUAGAAACUUUGUUGUGGUGAUGGCCUAAGUUCUUGGAAGGCAAAACGACAACUGAACAAAACGUCAUCAAAUGUUAUGAUACAUGAAAAUAUAAAUUCGCACUGUGGAUUUGGAGCGUUUUGAAUUGCAAAAAAGGAGAAAACCAAGUGUGGUUCAGGAUCCCGGGUUAUCUCGGGAAUUUCAAAACGGCACCGUAAAAAGUAAACAUUUAAGGUCAAACCUGAAUUUACAAAAUCAAACAUGGAUACUGAUGACAAUGGAAGUGUUUGCGAAAAUCUCAUAAAAUGGCUGGGAACCUUCCCUGGCAUAGAGGCACCACAUUAUUCAGUCAGAGAUCUAACAGAUGGUGUUGCAAUGGCAGAAGCACUUACUCAAAUAGCUCCAGAGUGGUUUGACCCUGAUUGGAUGUCAAAGUUAAAGAGAGACAUCAGUGGAAAUUAUCGUCUAAAGAUAAGCAAUUUGAAAAAAGUUUUAAAAGGAAUGCUGGAUUACUUUUCAGAGGUUUUGAAUCAAGAUCUUAGUGGAUUCAAUCUCCCUGAUGUUUGUGAAAUAGCUGAGAAUAAUAAUGAAGAUGAGCUUUCCAGAAUGAUUCAGUUAAUUUUGGGAUGUGCUGUCAACUGCGAGGAAAAAGAGCAAUACAUUCAAGUGAUUAUGGGUCUUGAAGAGGAAGUUCAGCAUGAUGUCAUGAAUGCCAUUCAGGAGCUCUUAGCAGCCAAGGAUACCUCAAGGAUAUCGGAGCCUGAAUUUGGAACAGAAUAUGACCAAAGGCACAAGGAGACACUCAACCAGGUUACAUCACUCAUCAACGAAAAGGAAGAACUGCUUCAGAAGAUCCACGAUUUGGAAGACCAGGUGCAACUCGCGAAAGAGGAGAGAUCAACACUAGUACUUGAAAAUGAACAGCUACGCUCCAUAAAAGGCGGUGGCAGCAUGCAAGAUCAGGAAGAUGGAUCAAAAGACGCGAUAGGAAGGUUAAACACGCAAAUUGACAGACUGAAAGAGGAGAAUUUCAGCAUGGAAAGCGCCAAAGAAGACUACAGAAUUCGUUUGGAGCAAGUAGAGAAAGACAAAAAAUCCCUCAAUGAUAGAAUUGAACAGUUAUCAGAAUUGGCUGAAGAAGCACGAUCUUUGAAGGAUGAGAUGGACGUUUUAAGGCAUACUCAAGAUAAAGUGGCAAAGUAUGAAGCAACAAUUGAAACCUACAAAAAGAAGUUAGAGGAGCUUCAAGAUAUGAGGAAACAGAUGAAAUCUCUCCAAGAGAAGAAUAAUAGCUAUAUGCAACAAACCAUUUCGAUGGAAGAAGAACUGAAAAAGGCACAGGGUUUGAAAGUGCAGAUAGAAACCUUCAAGAAACAAAUAUACGAAUUACACUCUAAAAACCUCGACUUAGAGAAAAAGUACGAUAAAGCAGAAUUUGAAUCGAAGAGAGCGAAAGAAAAGCAACAGAUGCUGGAAGCUGAAAAUGAGAGGUUAAAGCAGGAGAGAAAUGCUCUCAAAGAGACCAAUGAAGAAUUGACACUCAAUAGCACAAAUCAGACCAAUCUAUUACCCGGUUUUGAUGACAGUAACAGUCCGUCCAAUUCGGUAUCGGAGGAUUUCCUGCAGCUUGAAGAUCCAGAUAUCAGGAGUAAAUUUAUCAGAAUGAAGCACGAAAACAAGAUGUUGAAGUUGCAAAUAGAUGGAAAUGAAAACGAGAAAAUCCAAGUAUUGCAAAGCAUGCUAGACGAUAUCAAAGAACAGAAAAAUGUAUUGGAAACCGAGAAUAGGCCACAGAAUCAGAAGCUAAUGGAACUGGAAGGGGAGCUAGAAGAUGCUCUUAAAAUCCAGCAAAACGAGGCACAAAAAACAUGUCAGGAAGAACAAGAUCUAAAGAAGAAACUACAUGUGCAUUUAGAGCAGCUAAGAGAAGCCAGUGACGAGCUUCAAAGAAAGAAAUCUUACAUCGAUGACUUGGAAUCAAGGUCAAGUAAUAAUUCUGAUGAGAUAGUAAACCUUAAAGAACAACUAGUCAAGAAAGAUGCAGACAUGAGGCAAAUGGAAGAACGGUAUAAGAAAUACCUCGAAAAAGCCAAGCAGGUUAUACGAACUCUAGAUCCGAAGCAAAAUUCGCACAGUGAGAUUCAGCAGCUACGGAAUCAACUUCAAGAUAAGGAGAAGAUGAUAGAGCAUUUAGAGCGAGAUCAUGAAAGGAUGAAAGUAACAAGGGAAAGGGAAGAGAAACUAAUAAUCAGUGCUUGGUAUGAUAUGUGCAUGAGGCUACAUCGCAAAGCAGCAGAAGAAAGGCUAGUCGGCAGCGCAGGUCUUUCAUUUCUAGCACGACAAAGGCAGGCAGCCGCCACUAGACGAGCCACGCCUGCAAAGCCCAAAGUCCCCACGACCCACACCCUCGCGUCGAGUGACAAUUUGGAAAGACCAGAAUGACAUGAACCAGAAAUUUCUGCAAUGCAUUGCAUAAAGGUUUUUGUAAAAUGAGGGGCGUGUCGCGUUUUGUAUGACUAGUGACUGUGAAGAAGUAUAUAAUGAGUUUCUCAUUAACUUGGGGUUGUUGUUUUCGUAUUAUUUUUUAUUAUAAGAAUGUAGUCUUUGAUUUUAUCCAUUAAUUUUAGUUAUG